AUUUAAUGUAUAGCCAUACCGCGUACACUCGUCCGUAUUGAAUAGUAGAUAAUUAUUUAAAUGUAAUUAUAUUUUACGCAUUUAACAUUCGUGUCAUCCGAAUCACAUUGCGUUACUAUACGACAUUUCUCACCACCGUUGCCUACGGUGUUGCUUCACGGAAAUUCUCGUAACAGCAAUGGCGUUAAACUUGGAUAUACAACUGAAGCGGUCGAACAAGGUGUAUCGCGAAGGCGACACGAUUGCCGGGGUGGUGAUCAUCGACACGCCAACGGACAUCAAACACGAAGGCGUUUUCAUGACCAUUGAGGGCACAGUCGAUCUGCAGAUCAGCACUCAAAAUGUAGGCGCUUUCGACGCUUUUUACAAUUCUGUCAAGCCGGUGCAAUUGAUGAUGUGCUCUUUGGAAAUAGCCCGCGCCGGCCGGUUUCCAAGCGGUACCACUGAGAUACCAUUUGAAGCGCCUGUCAUUCCGCUCUUAAACAAAGUGCUAUACGAGUCCUAUCAUGGCGUGUUCAUUAAUGUACAGUAUUUGCUGAAAGCUGUUAUUAAAAGGAAUUUCCUGAACAAGGACAUUCACAAAACACUUGAGUUUGUUGUCGAAAACACUCCAUGUUUAAAUGUGUUGUCAUCUAAGGUAGACAAGUUUGUGAUAAAUCAAAAUACUUUGGCUAAUGUUAAUGAUAGUUCCAUUAUACCAAAGUUUCACAUUGUUGGUUCAAUUGACUCAGUUCUUUGUUCAAUUAUGCAGCCAUUUACAGGAGAAGUUAAAAUUGAACAUUCCGAUAUCCCCAUUAAAUCAAUAGAUGUACAAUUGGUGCGCGUUGAGACUUGUGGUUGUGCCGAAGGUUUCUCAAAAGAUGCCACUGAAAUUCAAAACAUUCAAAUUGCUGAAGGAAAUGUAUCAACGGGUAUCUCAAUUCCAAUUUAUAUGAUAUUUCCAAGGCUGUUUUCUUGUUCCACCACAAAAACAGCAAAUUUCAAAAUAGAGUUUGAAGUCAACAUUUCAGUAAUUUUUGUUGACGAUCACUUGGUGACUGAAAAUUUUCCAAUCACUCUCUACAGAUAAACUAAAAAUUGUUAUUUAUACAGUUUUUUAAAAAUAAAAUUUUAAAUAUAUGUUAUCAAAUAA